GGUGUGCCUGUUUGGAAAACCCAGCAAGCUGUAACUGCCUAUUCUGGCCACUAGAUGUCGCAGUGAUACCAAUUGUGCGGCGAUUCCAACUUUCACGUGAUCCCAAGCAGCCGCUCGUCACUUCUGGUCCAAGAUGGCCGCGCUGAGGGGGAGUCUGCUGCAAAGUGAGCAGCUGAGUUGGACAGAUGACCUCCCCCUCUGCCACCUGUCUGGAGUGGGAUCAGCUACAAACCGAACCUAUAACUCUGAAGGGUUGGGGAAGGAGGAACACCCCUGUGAAGACAACUGGUUGAAGUUCAGGGGAGAGAAUAAUAUUUAUCUAUACGGCGUGUUCAAUGGAUAUGAUGGUACCAGAGCCACUAACUUUGUGGGUCAGCGGUUGUCAGCAGAACUACUAUUGGGGCAGUUGCACUCUGACGUUACUGAUGCAGAGGUCCAGAGAGUAUUGUUACAGGCAUUUGAUGUGGUGGAGCGAAGUUUCCUUGAGUCUAUUGAUGAUUCUUUAGCAGAAAAAGCAAGCCUCCUGUCCCAGCUGCCAGAGGGUACAGUCCAUCAGCAGCUCCCCAGCCAGUACCAGAAGAUUGUAGAGCGGCUAAACACUCUAGAGAAGGAAAUUUAUGGGGGCGCAAUGGUUAUUGUGGUGUUAGUUCUGAACAACAAACUUUAUGUCGCUAAUGUCGGUACCAACAGAGCUCUACUAUGCAAGUCCACAGUGGAUGGACUACAGGUCACACAGCUUAAUGCUGAUCACACAACAGAAAAUGAGGAUGAGAUAUUCCGACUCUCCCAGCUGGGUUUAGACACAACCAAGAUAAAACAGGUGGGUCUGAUUGGAGGCCAAACAAGCACCCGCAGAAUUGGGGAUUACAAGGUCAAGUAUAACUACAGUGACAUGGAAUUGUUGAGUGCUUCCAAAUCUAAGCCAGUCACAGCAGAGCCAGAAAUUCAUGGAUGCCAACCACUGGAUGGAGUUACAGGUUUUCUGGUGCUUAUGUCUGAGGGGCUUUACAAGGCGCUGGAAGCUGCACAUGGGCCUGGCCAAGCCAAUCAGGAGAUAGCAGCAAUGAUUGCAACAGAGUUUGCCAAGCAGGGUUCUUUGGAUGAUGUGGCACAGGCAGUGGUGGAAAGGGUCAAGAGGAUUCAUCAUGACACUUUUGUCAGCGGUGGCGAACGGGCCAAGUUCUGCUCUAAACAUGAGGACAUGACCUUGCUUGUCCGGAACUUGGGGUACCCUUUGGAGGAGAUUAACCAGCCUACACUCACACCUACCCAGGGUGGUCGAGUAUAUCCUGUGUCUGUGCCAUAUUCCAAUGCACAAAACACUAGUAAGACGAGUGUAACCCUAUCACUGGUGAUGCCGUCACAGGGGACAUUGGUGAAUGGAACUCAUAGCAGUUCAACUCUAGAUGGGACGACACCAACAAUGCAGUCACCUAGUGCAACUCUCCAGUCCACCAACACUCAUACUCAGAGCAGUAGCUCCAGCUCAGAUGGUGGCCUCUUUCGCUCCCGCCCAUCACAGUCCCUGCAACCAGAUGAGGACGGCCGCGUAGAACCUUAUGUUGAUUUCACAGAAUUCUAUCGGCUCUGGAACAUGGAAAACGGUGACCUUGCAGCUCUGGUCCCUGCUCAGUGAGCCGGGUAGUAUAUUUGGGUCAUGUGCUCUUAUAUCCAUCAUUGACUGUGUCUUUUUAAAUGAAACUGCGAGAAAAACAUUUCAUUGAGUGGCAAACAAUGACUAUUCAUCAUUUUGGCUAAGUAAUCACCUGCUCUUUUAAACUUUGCUGACAGCAAGCCAGUACAUUUGAGGAUGUGGAUAUCUGAACUGGUUCUCUUUUACUCUUGCAAACUUUCACUGAAGUACAUUAUAAUGGAUCCAUCAACUUUCACACAAAUCCAUAUGUUAGUGUUAAAGAUACUAUAAAUGCAGAAGUGUUUUAACAUUUCAUGUCUUGUCUGAAACGGGUGUGGUAUAUUAGACAGAUAAGAGGUCGACAUUCAAUGGGUAGUCAGUCAAAAGGUCAACUUGAAAAAGGUUGACAUAAAAAAGUUGUUCACCACAAGGUUACUACAAGUAAUAGUUUGUGACAUGGAUAGUAAAUACAGCAAAAGUUGUAAAGAUAUGAAAAAUCCCUAAAACACACGUCGACCAUAUGUCUAUCGACCUUUUGACCCUGUCGACCCUAUGGUGUCGACAUAUUGACUGUCGACCUUUUAACUGUCUGUCUAACAAGCACCUCCCCUCUGAAACCAUGGUGCUGUUUGAAUUGAGACACCAGAAAAUCCGUAGGUUUAACAGUCUUGUGAUUAUCAUCUCCCAGAUUUCCCUCCUGAUUGCUCAUGCUUGCCCUGAGUAUUAUCAGCUAAAACCAGCACUGACACAAAUAUCUUUUCCGACAUUGACCUUUACAUAGUGGCAAUAAACAUAUUGUAUCACUGAGAACUUUUCCUGAAGAACACCUUAAUGGCCAGUGUACCUUAUACAAACAUAAAUUAGGCCCUGUGUUUGAAAAAUGACCGGGACUGCCCACUUUAUGCCCCCCCCCACCCCCCCCCAAAAGCUUUGAUAAAUCCCUCCCUAAUUAUGUAUCUAUCUAUAGAGAUUUUUCCUCUUUUUCCCUUUCUUGCUGCUCAGUGAGCUCCGGCACUGACCUGUACAUAUCAUUCAUUUUUAAAUGUGAUGUGCAAUGAUUUAGAGGCCUGUUUUCAGUAGACCAGUUCCAGGUAUAAAGCUAUGAAGUGCAGCAAUGUAGCCUUUGCUUUGAGUUUCUGUGUAUAAAUGACAUCUCAGCCCAAGGCCUAACCAUGGUUUAUGUACGUGUUGGCAGUCAAGAACUAGUUAAUAUUGUUACAUUCCAGUGAGCUCAAAUUAGAUCAUGACCAUUUAUUGUUGUUUUUUGGCUUGAAUAUUGAAGCGUUGAAGGCCAAUAUAAGCAAAGCCAAACCUAUAUUGCGAAAAGGUAUAAUCAUUUUAUUCCACCACCAGAAUAAGAAUUUCUAACGCAAGUGCUCGUUUUAGCAUGAAUGACUUUACUGCAGUAGUGUGUGGUUACAGGGAACUGAGAGGCUUCUCUUGGAAUGGACAUUCUUGAAAUCUUUUCAACUAUUUCUCCACAUUUGGCAGCAAAUGUGUAAUUCUCAUGCACCACUACAGUUAUAUUAAAUGUCUGUUUAAUAUUACCAUGACCUAGGUCUAACAUGUUGGAUAUAAUGAAACAUUAGAUGUCACUUCUUUUUUGCUUGCUCAUAGUAAACAGGAUACUGGAUGACUGAACAGACAAAGAAUAAAGCCCUAAAUUUAGACAACAUAAUUAUAAGCAAAUGCAAUGCAAAACAGUAUGUAUGUCCCUUAAGUACAUGUGCAGAGAAAUGGAGACAUUUGAAUAUAUAUAAAUAUAUAUACAUACAUACAUACAUACAUACAUACAUACAAUAAAAUAUAAUGUAUUCUGGGGGGUAGGGGGGGGUUGUUUAAUUUUUUUAUGUUGUUCUGUUCAUGUCUGUAAACACAGAAUAAAACCAGCAUAUUUGUUUGA